GCGGCGCGGGCGGCUGGGGGGCGUGGUCGGCGUGGUCGGCGUGUCCGGCGCCCGCGCACUGUUCUACUCGCACGCGAAGCAGGCACCGCUUUUGUGAUUCCCCGCCCCCUGCUUAUGGCGCGAAGCUAUGUGAGGGUCAAGCAGUAGAGCUGGCAGCCUGCGAGUGUGCAGCGCGACCCUGGGCAGGAGACUCCACCAUGGUGGUGGCUGAGGUCGGAGCUAGGUGCCGCUGUGGCUGCGUGUUGCACCUGGCACCUGCGGCGAGGCUGCUAGCAGGGUCCGCCAGGGCCUGCCCGGCGAGAUCGUUCUGGUUGCUUCAGGCUGAAGAAGGUCUGGUAGUGAGGCUACGUAUGGAGGCAGUGCGACUACCGUGUGCUGGUCAGUCACUUCGGGCCAGAGAUGGAGACUCACUGGGCUCGCCCCUCCUGGCCUCCUGGGAUGGUCCUGAUAGUACUGCUGUGACUGCCGGAGAUGUGGAGUCCACAACAGACGGCAGCGGCGUCAUAGAGAUAGCUGGCGGGCGCCACAUCCUGGUAGAACUUCGGUCUGAUGACACGAGUGAUCGCUGCGCCGGCGGGUUCCUGGCUCAUGCUACCCAGAUGGAACCAAUCCGCAACGCGUCAGCAGCUUGGGCUUCAAUGAGUGGCGGCCUCUGGUGGCGCUCGGGUGGUGGUGCGCGUGAAGUGGCCGUGGCACUCGCAGCCGCUGCAGCGCUGGCCGCGUUGUGUCUAGCGCUGCAUUCAGCGCACCGGACGAGGGCGUACCAAAGAGCUGCGGAUAAAGACUCGCUUACUGAUAGUGAUGCAUGUUCAGCCUCCUUAGAACUGGGGGGUGCAGCAUCAGGUUCCCGCAGCACGCUUCUCUCCGAGGUGGUAGGCGGUGGCGUGUCACUCCGCAGGCUGCUACCCUCAGGGAAGACCAGGCACACGAGGCUGAGAGACUCCGAUAGGAACUCUGAACAUGUGGAGCAGAGGGACGAAGAAGACCCAACAACAGAUAUCGAAGCAGACGCUAACGACACCACGAGCGUUGCAAGCGCAGACAGCGUCGCGAGUCAAGCUACUGUCACUCCAGAAACAGUGUCGUCUAGCAGUGCUCCUGUGACUGGGAAUGUCAUUCACACGCCUUCGCCUCUGAGGAGAUCACAUACCGUAUCUGUGACUAAUGUGACUACGGUGCCACAGAUAACAUCACCACCCCAAUCAACGACGGACUCGCUGGCAGUAGAAAUGAGCACCAGCGUGAGCAGCGUGAGUGAAAGGGACAGCUGCAGCGAGAAGGACAGGGACAGCAUGUGGGACAAGGAUCGCAGUGUGAGCAGAGCUUCUUCUUCAACGUCUGCAGCCACACUGACUAACGGUUGGUACUCACCAGCGCUAAGCGGCGUGUCGGCAGCCCGCAUCAGAGAUAAUCCGAAGCACACGAAGGAGUCUUGCAACCGUCGCCUGCUGCGGUCUGACCUCAGCCUUACCUCACACCCGGAGAUGGAAAUAGACUACUAUGAUUACGAAGUCAAUAAUGCUGGUUCAGUUCCUGGCUCGUACUUGGGAAUGGAUCCAGCGUUCCUGGUUUGGAUACCACCGCUUGAAGAAGGCGACAUUCUAAAGGAAAUUGAUGAAAACAAGGUGCCAAUUUAUGAGGAGAUUCUUCCGAAAGAACUUCACCCAGACCCCGGCAGCAACACCGAGUCACCCGAAGACCGACCAUCUUCCAGCACUCUCAAGAGGAACCCAGACAACCGCAUGAACAGGUCCAACGAGUCCAUCAAAUCUUUCCGCAAAGUCAUCGAGAAAGGCAACAUAAUACACCCCCUAAACUUCAGCAUCAGUGAUUUGCAAAACUCGCCCAAAAUGUCUAAGAGAAACAAGAAGAAGAAAGCCGAAAGUCCCGUGACGAUACAAAUGAAGGAUCUGACACUAACGCGAUCGCCAGUCAGAGUUCACAGAAAAGAGAGUAGAAGUGACUUCGACACUUCGACUUUGAAAAGAGUUAACGAAGCCAAAGAAAAAGAUGCGGAUACGCUAAAAAGAAACGAUUUUGCUGACAUAAGGUUUGCCGAUGAAAAUUCGGACUCGUCAAACGAAAUAAAAUUUGCUGACGAUUCACCGGAUAGCAAUAGGAUUGUUGAUAAAUACAAUGUUAGGACUUAGGAUUUUAUGAUACAGUUUCGGAGACUACGUUCUUGAUGUUGAACCUGGUAGAUAGAAAUACUUUUUGUGUACCCCUUUAUUAUAAAGAAAUAUAAUUAAUCAUCUUUUUUGCUUGUCUAUCAGCAAUUGAAGUUUUCAGAUAAUCUUUCUGAAUGCUGGCAAAAAUAAAAGUUACCAAAUAAUGAGCUGAUUUUAGUCGUGUUUUUCUUUAUAAUUAAGGGGUAAUAAAUCCUUUAAUUUUAUUACAAAAUAUUCCCAUUUCCCAUUAGUUGAAUGUAAGGACCAAUCUGUGAAUAAAUCCGACAUAUUAGCUCUCAUAUCAUCAAAACAUAUUUUUCAAUGUCAUAUACCAUUUAUCACCAAUGUAAGGUAGUCACACAUUUAGUCAUAGAAUUUUAUAAUCAAAACUAAUCGUUAGUAGAGUUGUAGAAUUCACUUGACCGUCACUAAUAUAAAGUAAUAUUAAAUAAAACUUUAAACGUACAAAAAGAAAUAGUAAAACAACAGAAAAGUUCCGAAUAAAUAAGCUCUAAAAUGGUAAUUCUGACAGUAAAAUCUUUAUUAUGCUGAACUCGUAUUUCAAAAAUCGAAUACAAAUACAACACUUUUCAUUAAAUUAUAGAGACAGCUAUUUCUUUUUCUACAUUAAAAGUAAAUAAAUGUUACACACAUUGUAUAAUACCAUUGCAUUUUCUGAUUGUUCGCGAAUAUAAAUAUUAUUUAGUUUUUAUUAAUAACUUAUUAGUACAUCGCUGUGCCCCCGCUGCCAAAGUGUAGUUAAUAUCUUCAAUUUCAGUCAAAAUAUAAUUUUAAUAUUUAUUAGAAGACUGACUUCGGGCAGUGCAAUAAUUAUCAAAAAUAUCGACUGUAUUUUUCGAUCUCUUAAAAUUCUAGUCAUUUUAUGUCAAAGAUUUUUUUUGUAGGUACUUGGCUCUUUUUUUGACAAAAGUUUUUUUUAAGUUAUGAAGAAAAAUAAUGAGCAAUCGUAAAUAAGGCUUAUUUAUGCAUUUCGUAAGUUAUUAAUUGCAUUUAUUUAUUAAAGGAAACUAGCAAUAAGUACAUUAUCGUAUUGUUUUUAAUAUUAUUGUAUAUUUAGGUACGUGAGUCCUCAUGUUUGUUUUAAUGUUUUAUUUGUG